AUGCAUUGUGCCAAUGGAGCAUCAUUCCAUCUCUCCCUGAGUUCUUCCCCUUCACCUCCCUUCGCUUACCAUAUUGCUCUUUCAAUAUUCGCAGGAUGUUUCCUCGGCAGUGCAACACAGCUCAUUAGAGACUUCGUACUCACGGCGUCCCAUCUUUCUUCUCCCAUGUUCCGAUCCCAGUGCCGCUGCCGCACAACGGCCCGUACGCCGCCGGGGUGGUUGAAAGUGGGAGUGCCAGGAACCGAUGGGGUCUGGAUCUUCCCAGCUAAACCCAGCGGAAGCCCGUUCAAGCCGCUCAGCGUAACGGAUACGGCGACCCGGUCCACCAGGUGGGAACACAAUCACCAUUGA